UUUUCGAUUAAAAUGAUUAAAAAUGUCCGCUUCUUAAAUUCUUGCAGCCGCAGCUGCCUAUUGACAGUUUUUCCGAAGUUACACAAUUUUAUACCAUUUUUAAACCAAUUUUUUUUUUAAAAAAAAAACCUUUAUCCUUUAUUUGAAUUAAAUUAAUUUCGCUUGUUUGCAUAUAAAAACACUAACGUUAUAUAUUUAACGUUUACUUUAUCGAAGCUUUUAAGUAAGAAUUUUUCUUGUAGGAACAUUUUUAAAUAAUGACAGAAUAUUCCAGGGUUAAGCAGGAAGCACUAAACCAGCUUUUAGAUUUGGGUGUUGACGAAAAAGACGCACAUGAAGUCUUAUUAAAAUAUAAUAAUGAUGUUAACCGUGCUGCAGAUUAUUAUUUUCAAAAUUUCAAUGAUGAAUCGAUGAACAAUUUAAAAUCUCUUACUGAUUGGGAAUCUUCUACACCUCGCGAAGAUCCAGACAAGUACUCUUAUAAUAAUAAUGGCGACACAAUUGAUUUAACAAACAGCGAUGCAGAUUUAGAAAGAACAUUACAACAAAGUUACGAUGAUAUAACAUCUCGACCUUCAUCGGCCGUUGAAAAUAACAAUAACGAAACUGCUGUUGUUCUAUAUAAUCCUAGGAAUAACAGUAAUUCACAAGUUGAUGACAAUUAUACAAACCAUAAUAAUUGGGGACAACCAAUUAAACGUUUGAAGUUGGACGACACAACUCCGAUUGGGCUAAAGUCAAAUAUGAACUAUGGUUUUGCCGGUCCAUUUUUUCUAGCAUUAUUUCAUAUACCAAUAUUUCGAUUGGUUAUAUUAGCAUAUCGGCCAACUCGAGAUGAUUGGGGUGAAGUGGAAGGUUAUUGGGAUGGAAAUUCGCGAGGAUUAUCGGAUGAAUUUGGUCCAAAUAGUUUCUACCACGAAUUCAAAUCUCGGCCAUAUACUCUAAAGUUUAUGCAUGAAUUUCAAAAGCUUUUCGGUUUUUUGUCUCUGAGCCAAAGAUCAUACGGUGAUGCUAGUUCAUUAAUAGAAGCUUUGGCCUUUGAAGAUAAGAAUAGUUGGAACGAUUGGGAUUCUGUUCAAGAUUUUUUUACUAAAGUACUUGAUGUGAUUGUCUACUCAUCCACUUAUCACCGUGAUCUUAUUGAUCUUGAUCUUGAUCCCGGUAUAGACUCUUUGUCUAAACACGUAAUACCUUUUAAUAGACUGUUGAAGUCACUUGGCAGAAACGAAAGUUUUAGUAAUUAUCAUUACCAACCUGAAAAGAGGGACGAAGACGUUUUGAGUAUUCCUCUAGUAAUUACUCCAAGUUUUAAUACGGUUUAUGCUGCUCUUGAUAAAAUAGUAUAUAAAACGGAGACAAUGCAAAAAGUCUUUUUUACCGAGCUUGCGAAAAUUUUGAUUUUUACGUUAAAACAUCGGGAUGCUUUUGCCGACAAUAACUUUACGUCUGGAGAUUCAGGAUUUCAUAUCCAUAAGGAAUUAUAUAUGGAUCGAUAUUUGUUAAACAGAGCUGAAGAUAUUGAAAAACGAUGGCAUCAAUUGGAAAUUCUUAAAUCUGAAUCUGAGGAAAUAAAUCAAGCUAUUAGGAGAAUAACAGACUAUCAGGGAAGACAUAAUGGUUUGGACUUACUCAAAGGUUCAAUUGAUUAUUUUCGUCGUAAGUGUGAUAAAGCAAGGAAUAAUGGUAUUAUUGCCAAUGAUGCGCAAAAAACAUAUUCCUUUUUGGAAGGAAUUUUAGAAAAGAUUGAACAGAAAUUUAAAGACCUUAUAGAGAGGAAAGAGGAAAUAGAAGCGAAAAUAAGAGAUAUAUUUAAUACUCCAGAUAUGAAAAAAGUUGUUUAUCGACUUAAAGCUGUUUUAGGGCGUGAUGGACAACAUCAUUAUGCUUAUAUAUGGGUAUCUGGAGGAAACAAAACCGAAAAUAUUUUUAAUAACAACGAAAAUGGUAAUUGGUGGAGAUUUGGUGAUAUGACUGUUGAGGAGACGUCCGAAGAACGAGCGCUCAAUGAUACGUCAUCAUUAAACGCGAAUUCUAAUGUCUAUUCUCUUAUCUAUGUUAAUGCUGAUGUUGAUCACAACUUUUCGAAUAUUAAUGAUAUAAUUCCUUCUUCACUUAAGGAAUAUAUGAAUAAGGAUAAUAAUCAUGUGCUUAAUGAAGAAGUUCAGGAUAAUAAUAAUUAUAAUGAUAAUUAUAGUUAUAAUAGCUAUAAUUAUGGCUAUGAUAAUUAUAAUAAUAAUAAUGAUUAUAAUGAUGAUUUCAAUAAUAAUUAUAAUAAUAAUGAUGAUGAUUAUAAUAAUAGUUAUUAUAAUAACGAUGAAGAUGUUAUUAUGCGUGAUUCGUCUCGAACAGAAGAUACGCAUAAUUCUGAUUCUACUACAUAUGGUGGUAGUGGAUACAAUGAGAAUAAUCUUAAAACCGUGUGUGAGAUCGCCGAAAACCAAGAAAAAAAUAUAGUAUCCCUUCAUCCGACAAUUAAUAAAAGAUUCGAAAUAUUUUGUAUUAAGCUUGGACAAAUUGAUUUGUUUAAAUUACUAGUGCAUAAAUUUUACGAAUCUGGCUGUACAUCAGUGACAGGGACUUGGGACGAGCCGCUCUCAUUGAAUACGGGAUAUUUAACUGAUCCAGAUUUUAAAGAAUAUGUAGAACUCUUCGAUAAAUACAAGGAGAUAACUUUGUAUUUUACCGAAGGGUUGGAUCGUGUUAAUAGCGACGAAUACAGGAAUGCGCUUGCAUAUUUUAAAUAUGCAAUAAAUCUGGAGAAUGAUUGGAUCAAUGAUCUUUUUGUAAAGGAUAAAAAAGGAGAAUCAAUGAAACUAAACGGUGAAAAAUUACGACGUUCAAAAGAAAUUGAUGCUUAUGCUAAAGCAUGUUUAAAGGUUGAUCACGAUGGUCUUCUUAGCAAGAUCCGUCAUGAACCAUAUAGGACGCGUGGAUUAAAAGAUGGAUUACAAACCUUACCAUAUAUUGUGGCAUAUAUUGGAGCAUCAAAUUGUGCGGAGGAUGAAUUAUUUAAACGAUUUAGAGAUGAAUUUAAAGAACUUAUAGAGGGUGUUGAUUUUACCGAAGAGCAACAAUCAUUGAUACAUAAUUUAUUAGAAAAAUACACUCAACCUGAAGAAUCUUUGGAAUUAAAACCCAGUGAUGAGGUUGAACCCGAUGCGAAUUUAUGUGAGCGGUAUGAGGCAGCAUUGAAAAAAUGUAGUUCAGGUCUAAAGAGUUAUGAAGUACCUUAUAUUAUUUAAGUGAACUUUAUUUCAUAUUGUGAAAAUUUUUUUCUUAAAAUUUAUAUUAUAUUUAUAUAUUACAUGAAUUUCUUAGGUUUAUGUUUUUAAAAUUAAAUUUUAUUAAGGAAAAUUGUCAAUAAAUGAAAUUGAAUUUUGACAAAUUUCGC